AUACUAGUAAUCGAUACAGCUAUCAAAUUCUUACACAACGUAGCAGCAUACUUAGCCCAAUUUUUUUUUAAUUUGUAUUUAUUUUUUGAUUAUGACACACUUGCACAUACAUACACACAUACAUAUGCACAUCAAUGCAAUUAUGCUACGUCCAUAAUUUUUUAUUCAAAGCGAAUUCAUGAGAUUACAAAAAUCGCUAUGCCGCGUAUUUGCUGCGGCACCGAUAGCUUGGACUGGCAACGAGUAAAGCAGUUAAUACGACAAGUAUUCGCCAAAGAGAAUAGUGUCGAAAUUUUGGUAUGCAACUACAAUGAACCGGUGCAAAUUCCGCCAAAAUGCCAAAUUACCGAGGUCAAGGGCAACAUAUUCAGCGCUCCGCUGGAAUUCUCUAUGGUGCAUUCGACUAGCGCUGACUUUGCCAUGUCCAGUGGUUUGGGUUUGCAAUUUAAGUGCAAAUUUGGACAAGUCAACGAGUUGCUGAAGCAACAUAAACAUGUUGGGAAUGUGGCAGUAUUGAAGGAUAACAAUCGCUUCAUAUACCAUUUAAUAACAAAGGAACGUAGUCAUGAAAGGUGCACAUAUCCAGCGAUUUACUAUGCACUGAUGUCAUUGCGCGAGCAUAUGGAACAAAAUAACGUAAACAAGCUUGCAAUACCCAGAUUUGGCGGCGAAGUUGAUCGUCUGAGUUGGUUGCGUGUUAAAAAUAUUGUGGAAUUUGUGUUUGCCAACACUGAAGUGGAAAUCAUUGCAUACUAUUACGAUCCACCCGAAGUUGUGCGAAGACGUUCACGCGAUUCGCGUUCACGUUCGCGCACAUUGGAGUCUAUGGUUAGCCGGAUGUCACUUUCACGAGACUUUCCAUGAAGUGGCAGCAACAAUCAAAGUCUUAAGUUGAAAUAUGAAAUUUAUGUUAUACUUAGUGACGUUUUGUUUUACUUUUAUACCCUUAAUUUAUUAAUCUCUUUUUUAAAUUACCUACUUAUUUAUAUAUAACACUGACUGAUUUAUAAAAGCUCUAAACUUGUAGACUUGAUUCAGAAAAAUCAAACAUGAAAUUGAAUAUGAAAAACUUAAGAAAAAACGACUAGCGCUGACUUUGCAUUUGUCAUGUUUGUAUACAUGCAUACAUAUGUAAUUUGUGCAAAUCGGGUUAUUAUAUUAUGGUUUAAUAUAUUUAUUGGCAAAAUAUUUAUGUGAUACAAAUAGUUUUCGGAUUUCCAAAGUAAAAGACUAAUAUUUGUUAUACAUCCUUACAAAAAUAUGCAUAUUUGUAUCAUACCGCUCUAAGCGACAUUUUCCAGAAAUGUUACCCCAAUUUGAAUUUUCGGUUAAACUUCUAUACCAAAUUUAAAGCGAUAUCAUCAGAGAUACGCGAGUUAUUAGCAUCUAUAAAACAGCUCUGAAAACAAGCUCUUUCUAAAACUUUGCUUAGACAGGGCGUUUCGCAAUA